AUGGAAAUACUCUUGCAUAUCUUGUAUACUUUAACAGGUUUAUGCAUUGAAUUUUUAAUUCGCGAUAAUCCUUAUUCGGGUAGUAGUCAGGAAGGUCAUGUUAGUGGUAGUGAGGGAGGUAAUACUAGUGAGGGAGGUAAUACUAGUGAUGGUGAGAGUAAGGGAGGUAAAAAUACUAAGGGAGGUAAUACUAGUGAUGGUGGGAGUAAAGGUAAUAAUACUAGCGAAGGAAGUUAUGGUGGUGGUGUUAUUCACGACACAGUAACUGUCACGUGUACAACAACAACGACUGUAACUAAACCAACAACAACAACAACAACAGAAACGGUUGUAAGCUUAAGUGUUUCACCAACUAUCACUACCACAACCACUUCAACCACUCAAACGUCAACUCAGACUACAACUACUACAUCAACGUCAACUACUACUUCAACGUCAACUACUACUACUACUACUAUCACUCAACCAAUCACAUACACGACAACUACAACUACUCUGGUCACGUCGUUAUUUACGACACUCACUACCCAAACCCUCACUACAGUAAUUCCAACUAGUACUAUAAUUGUAAUCACUAGUCCAACGACAACUACAACCCUAACAACUACAACCCUAACAACUCAAACUACAACGACUGUAAAUACAAUUACGACCAGCACAGUUAUUACUCAACCGAUUACACUUACGACUAUUACCACGACCAUUAUCACUCAACCAACUAUAAUUACGUCAACUAUAACCACUCAAACAACCACUCAACCAACUACAGUAACAUCAACUACAACCACUCAAACAACAUCAACUCAGACUACAACCACUCAACCAACUACAGUAACGUCAACUACAACCACUCAAACAACAUCAACUCAGACUACAACCACUCAGACAACAUCAACUCAGACUACAACUACUCAAACUCUGACCACCAUCACGACAAAUACUCUGGUUACGUCGUCAUUUACGACAGUUACUACCCAAACUACCACUACGGUAAUCCCAACUAUUAUUGUAACUACAAUCACCAAUCCAACGACAACUACAACCUUGACAACUACAACCUUAUCGACUCAAACUACGACGAAUGUAAAUACAAUUACAUUCACUACAAUUAUUACUCAACCAACUACGAUAGUGACAAGUCCGACUACGGUAGUAACAAGUCCGACUACUAUAGUAACAAGUCCAACUACUACAGUAACAAGUCCGAUUACUAUAGUAACAAGUCCAACUACAGUAACAAGUCCGAUUACUAUAGUAACAAGUCCAACUACAGUAACAAGUCCGAUUACUAUAGUAACAAGUCCAACUACAGUAACAAGUCCAACUACGGUAGUAACAAGUCCAACUACGGUAGUAACAAGUCCAACUACGGUAGCAACAAGUCCGACUACAGUAGUAACUAAUUUAUCAACAGUUAUUAUUCAAACUUUACCGACUUCAAUUGUCACUCAGCCUGGACAAACUAAUACUGUGACAAUUUCACCACCACCACCACCGACUUCAAUUGUCAUUCAGCCUGGACAAACUAAUACUGUGACAAUUUCACCACCACCACCACCGAUUUCAAUUGUCACUCAGCCUGGACAAACUAAUACUGUGACAAUGUCACCACCACCACCGUCCACUGUUACUGUUUCUGCCUCAACAACUGCAACAGAAGUGGAUGAAACGGAUACUUGUGAACUCUAG